AUGUCUGCGGAGAGAUUAGAGAAGAGGAGUACGAUAGACCUGAGGAAGAAGCACAUUGGGCCAUCUUGUACACUUUUCUUCAGUCGUGACCCUGUCAAAAUUGUGCAAGCCAAAGGCCAGUACAUGUAUGAUGAAAAAGGACAGCGAUACUUAGACUGCAUCAACAACGUGGCGCAUGUGGGCCACUGUCACCCAGAUGUGGUUAAGGCUGGAGCUCAGCAGAUGGAACUACUCAACACCAACUCACGUUUCUUGCAUGACAACCUUGUACUGUACGCCCAGAGGCUGCAGGCCACGCUGCCUGACAGGCUGUCUGUGUGCUACUUUGUCAACUCUGGCUCUGAAGCCAACGACCUGGCGCUGCGACGUCGACAGUACACAGGCCACAAAGACAUCAUCACCCUGGAAAAUGCAUACCAUGGCCACAUCUCCUCCCUCAUUGACAUCAGUCCAUACAAGUUCCACCAGCUGUCGGGUGCUGAGCAGAAUCAAUUUGUCCAUGUGGCUCCGAGUCCAGAUGUGUACAGAGGCAAAUACAGAGCAGACCAUCCUGAUCCUGCUACAGCAUAUGCAGAUGAAGUCAAAGAUAUAAUAGACAGGGUCCAUGAGAAAGGAGGCAAGAUUGCUGCUUUUAUCGCUGAGUCACUGCAGAGCUGUGGUGGGCAGGUCAUUCCCCCUGUGGGCUACUUCCAGCAAGUGGCAGAACACGUUCGUAAGGCAGGGGGCGUUUUCAUCGCCGAUGAGGUCCAGGUGGGCUUCGGGCGUGUUGGCACCAGCUUCUGGGCCUUCCAGCUUCAGGGAGAGGACUUUGUGCCUGACAUUGUCACCAUGGGAAAGCCUAUUGGUAAUGGUCACCCCAUGUCAUGUGUGGUGACCAGCAAAGAGGUGGCACAGGCCUUCAUGGCAUCUGGAAUGGAGUAUUUCAAUACAUUUGGCGGUAACCCAGUGUCGUGUGCCAUCGGUCUGGCCGUCCUAGACGUUAUCAUGAAAGAGGAUCUGCAGGGAAAUUCACUACGUGUGGGGCGAUACCUGACCAAUCUGCUGGAAAAGCUGAAAGAGAAACAUCUGCUGGUUGGAGAUGUCAGGGGUCGUGGCCUCUUUGUAGGAGUGGAGCUCGUGAGGGACAGGUCGAAGCUAACUCCUGCUACAGCAGAGGCUCUAGAAGUCAUAUAUAAACUAAAGGAAGAGCACAUCAUUCUUAGUGCUGACGGACCUCAUCGCAAUGUGCUCAAGUUUAAACCCCCCAUGUGCUUCACUACGAAGGACGCUGACCUGGUGGUGGAGAAAAUCGACCAUAUUCUCACGGAACUUGAGGAAGCAUUAGGCUUGAAGUUGCCCAACAUAGUGAAUAUAGAGAAAAAAAGGAAGCUUUCGACUGAUGAAAACGGAUUUGAGGAUCACCGUGGUUUAGUUCACAGCCGAGGAAGCAGUCACGGAGUUCUUCAACAAGCCAAACAUAUCAAGACAUAAAGCUGAUUGUCAGCUCUGCACUUUUGCACUGCAGUAGAACUGAUAACAGACACUAUAAAGAGAUGAUAAGAGUCUGGAGAAAAGUGCCUGCAUGUAAUCCAGUGGAAAAUGCUCGAUGAUAACGUACUGUAUAUCUGAUGGGUUGUAUCAUUUUUAAUUACUUGAAGGAAUCAAGCACUUGUUUGGCAUAAAAACCUAUCUACAAUA